CUCCUCUCUGUUGUUUCCUGAAAUAAAAAUUUAUUGUCAGUUUAAAGGGGUUCAAAAUGUUAGACGUAUCGAAUGUCUCCAGACAGGAUUUGUUGUUUUGAGCCGUGGUCCCUUCGUGUAAGCGUCAGCCGCCUGUCGUUACAGUGCGUGGUAACGCUACGGUCUGCAAUGUCGGCAACAGAAAACCAGUGAUCAAGAGAACUGUCUGCAACGAAGCAGUCACAAACAGUUCAUCAGAAUUUAUUUAUUUAAACAACUAAGGAUGCCAGACAAAUUAGUCCAUCCCAUAAUAUUGUCCCACUUGAAUUUGUAAGGUGUGUGGGAGAAGGAAGAAAAUACCUGUGUUUUUCUGGUCUAUGCCUUUAAAGUACUCAUGACAGCAGAACUGUAGAUAUGACUCUUCUGCAUAGCAAACUGGUUACUCAUAGCUACGCUGUUGUAGAUAUGACUCUUCUGCGUAGCAAAUGAGUUUUAAAAAGGCAUCAUAAACCAAAAGGUAGUGAAAUAUUGAUCAUCAGUAACAAAUCUUCUCGUUCUCCAUGACAGGACAUUAUAAAUAAUUUUAUAAUAAAAAGGAGCUGUGUAUGUGCUGAUUUCUUUUUAAACAGAUCGAUAUUGUGAAGUCAGUAUACUUAGCCAAGAUGAAAUCUAAAUAUAGAUUGAAAGGGACAGUCUGUUUCGUAGCUGCCUUCAUGGUCCUGCAAGAGCUGAGAGGUUCCCAUGGGUCUAAAAGGAGAGAAAGGAGUUUUGUUCGGGUGAUAUUCACUGGCUGAUUUCUUCCGUACUGACACAUUACCUGAACGCGGUUAUGUUGUAAGUAACAUUUCAUUCCCCUGGUUUUUAUUUCCUUUUAGACUUGAUUGUUUCCUUCCUUCUGUGAGGAGUUUUCAGUGUGUUCUCUCACUGAGUUCUAAUUUUACCACAACAACUUAAGGAGAAAUUUAAAAGUCAAAAGGGGAAAAAAGUCUUCAAGCAAUGUUGAGGAACGGACAGAGUAACUCCAUAACCCAUAAAGUUUAGAUUCAUUUGUUCGGAAAAUGCUACUUCUGGUCAGUGACAGCGAUGUCUGUAUCCUCUCUCUGGCAUGUCAAUGGAAACAAACAAAUAAAUGUAGUGUAUAGACUUUGUUGAACUAAUAAUAAUGAUUAUCUCCACUGUGGUUACUUGCACAGUGAGGAAAGUAGUUUUAAAUAACGAAUGCAGAAACAUAUAAUUCAUCAUAUUAAUGAAUCAAAGGUACUCACAUUUAUUACCGCUCAAGUUGUUAAGAAGAGGCUUCCCUGAAGUUGCAGGGAGGUACUGAUCAAAAAACCCAGGAGAAACAACUGCUUUUUGGAAGCUAAAAAUAACCAAAAGCCUCUGCGCACAAGGUGGCAACAUUUAGCACGCCGUUGUUGAAAUACAGGGCUCUGUAAUGCUUGCAGCUGGCCAGGGACAUGCUUCUGGGGAGGCAGCAGCUCCAGCACUGGCGGGGAGGUGGCUCGCAGACCGUGCUGCCUGGCACCAUGUGACGUUCUAGGGGAACAACAGUGGGCACAGCCAUCCGUCCUGAAAUUACUGCUGCACACCUGAAAAGCAUACGCUAGGUUUGCAUCCCAUGAAGUGCUGAGUUAUGUUUGGCAGGAAAAUUUGAACUUGAGAGCUUUAAUAAAAUACUAAAUAGAUACAAUGGAGAAGCCUUCCUUGGAAAUUAACCUGCCCGAUACUCAUGAAGAAGGAAAACUUUAUGUAGUUGAUUCCUUAAAUAAUCUAAACAAACUAAAUGUUUGUCCAGAUGGAUCCCAACAUGCACCAGAUGAGGAAGAGAACACCGGUGGUACUGGAGAAAGCACGGGAGGGAGCAACAUAAGAAACCAGUGUUUAUUCUUCGUCACCUUUAUUCUUACUUUGAUCGUCAGUUUGGCACUUGUUUCAUUCGUAAUAUUCUUAAUAAUUCAAACUAGAAACAAGAUGGACCAAAUAUCAAGCAGAUUAAUAUCUGAAAAGAAGAACAUAGAAGAGCUUAAGAAAAUCAACAAUAUGAUAUUAAAGCAUCUAAAUCAAUCAGGAAUUAAAGAAAAGGGGAGAUACCUCUUCACACAGUCUCCUGAUCUUCAUGAUUAUCUCUUUACCCAAGCUGAGCUGAAAGUCCCUGGAGAAUAGAUCUUCUUUGGAAUGGAAUUCAGCAUAUUCCUGUACUCAGAUAUUUUCAUAUAUGGCCCACAGGUUACUUAAACAUUCUGAUAUGGUCACAGGAGCACUGGAAAAACCAUCUGAAUGAAAAAUAUUAGAAAAUAAUAUUUUAUCCUCUUUUAUGUGAAUAUAGAUUUUGAAACUAAGCCCAUAUGAUUUACAAUAAACAAUGGAUUGUCAACAAUUUUGGCAAGAGUUCCAGAUUCUCUAUGCAUUGUAAAUUGCAGGGUUAAGGGCUUAGUCUUACUUCAAAUGUAAGUGAAUUAUAACAGAAAACAGUGAUUUCUAUUCACAUGAUUCCAGCAUGACCUUGUUUGCUUAGUCAUUCUCCUGUUUCUUUGGAACAAGUUUUGUGUUUGCUUCUAUAUUACUUAUAUUGAAGGAUAACUUCAGAUUCCAUAACUUAUAAAUAAAUCCAGUUCUGCCAUGGA